AAGGCUAUUUCUUGCCUGAAAUUUCAGGGGCUCACAAAAACGCCGCUCCUCUUGUCUUGUUCGGUCGAGCCUGCAUGCUCUCGUGACUCGCCCUUGCAUUACUUUGAUCAAGCGAACCUGUGUGCUGCGAGCGCACCAGUGACGUAGCCCUAUCUUGAUAGUGCACCCCGUACCACAACCGCGACUGACGACCACCAUAACUCCGAAGAAGCACACACCCAGCAACAAACAUUCUCGACACGUAGCAAACUUCACUUAUCAUGACUGCGAACCCGCCUACCCUCAUCAAUCUGCCACCCCCGCCUUCGGACCCGGCGACACCCAACGAUGUCCCGGGCACACCGAACUCGACCACCACGUCCAUGUCCGAGCUUUCUACUGUGGCUAUCAAGGACGGCCACCGGGGUCACUUUCCGCAUCACCACCAGCCUGGCGACGCCGAGCGCGCGGAUCGCAUCUCCCGCUUGGCGGGGUUGGAGCGCGUAGCAGUAUCCGGUCGUACGCCACAAGGCCUCGCUCCUGGCGCCGCGAACAAUCCCCCGCCAGGCUAUUUCGACUCCAAUAACCAGCCUCAGAUGUUCCGCGAGCGCAGCACUGUCGGUAGUGCAAGUGCAACUGGCAGUGUCGGUGGUCGAACAACAACUUGGGCAAGCGGCAGCGAUAACUUUGACCACGAUCGCAUGAGUGAGGAUCAAGACGUAGAGACUUCCAGCAUCGGGGGUUUCAGCGACGAGGCUGCUUCAUUGGUCGGCUUCGGGGAGGGUGCAAGGACACCUGCCAGACAGCACAGCCAGCUCGGAAGCCCAGCGAUUGGGAAAGCUACUGCUGUUCCUUCAUAUCUUCGCGAACAGACGCCAGGCAGUGCCCCAAGUAGCUCGGGAACAGCGCAGACUUCGUCUAGCGUGGAACAGCAGAAGUACGACGCGAAACAGCUCGAUGGUAUGACAUAUGACGAGUCUGUGACCGACACCACGAACCGCACUCCGCCCAUGAUCGGUCCUGGUGCAGGAGGUGCAACCACUGCGGAGCAAGUCAUUCGUGAGCGGAUGCGCCAGCGUCAGGCCGCUCAAGGCGGGGAGGCCAUGGAGGUGGAGCCACAGAGGGAAUACUAGAUGCAGAAGUGGACAGUGGGAGCGUUGGGAAGAGUGUCUCUUGCGCUGCGUUUGACGAAUUAUUUGCGAUUUCGAACAGGUGCAAGGUUGGCACGAGCUAUGGGAGAGCUUUGCUUUGUACGGAAAAUGGCGCUGGGUCGCUAAGCAGGCAGCAUGCGGUUCUUACUAUGAUAUCAUGAAUGCAGGAC